AUGGAUAUUGAAGAGUGUGUCAAAGAAUGGGAAGAUUUGGCAGUUGAUUAUAAACGACUUGAGACUGUCAACAAGAGCUAUGUGAGUAAGCUUGAAGAAGUUGGGGAACUGCAGGCAACAUGCAUGAAAGAAAUAAACCACCAGAAGUACCGCCUAUCGAUUAUCACAAAUGCACUCAAAAGGUUAGAAAAGAAAGGCAUAACCAAAGAUGAACGAAUCGCCAAACUGGAGAAGGAGAUUAUGAAGAGGAAAGCGAUGUUACACGAGAUCAAUGCGACCCUGCCCAAACAGAACAGUCUAUACUUGCGCAUCAUACUAGGCAACGUGAACGUGUCCAUUUUAAACAAAAAUGACAAAUUCAAGUACAAAGAUGAAUAUGAGAAGUUCAAAUUAAUACUCAGUGCCAUAGCGUUUGUUUUGGCCGUGGCAAACUUGUAUAUAGACUUCAGGCCGUUACAGUUGAUACUGAUAUUCCUCCUGGUGUGGUACUACUGUACGCUGACUAUCCGCGAGAGUAUCCUGAAGGUGAACGGGUCUCGUAUAAAAGGCUGGUGGCGGUUACACCACUUCAUAUCGACCGCUGUCUCGGGCAUCCUGCUGAUUUGGCCACAAAAUGCGCCCUGGGAGGAGUUCAGGCACACAUUCAUGUGGUUUAUUGCUUACAUCAGUGUCGUACAAUACAUGCAGUUUAGAUAUCAAAGUGGGGUGCUAUACAGGCUCAAAGCCUUAGGGGCCCGUCACAACAUGGACAUCACAAUAGAGGGAUUCCACUCUUGGAUGUGGCGAGGGCUGUCUUACUUGCUACCGUUCUUAUUCGGCGGCUACGUGUUCCAACUAUAUGUGGCAUACACAUUGUACAACCUCAGUUACCAUCCGGAGGCGACGUGGCAGGUGCCUUAUCUGGCAGCUUUGUUCCUUACGUUGCAUAGUUGCAAUAUGCACACAAUACUGCAGACUCUGCGAAAGAAAACGCACGGUGGCUUGAAACUCCGGUAUAGAUUGCGCGCGAUCGCAUAUCGUCUCUCCAAUGAAAUCACUGUGUUGGAACAAAAGUGGAGACAGAAUAAAGUGGAAACAAAAUCAGAUUGA